AUGUCGAAUACAUAUCAAGGCAACAGGAAUGGUAGCCUCGCUGCGCCUCGAGACUCACUAGAACUCGCCUCCCUCGCAUCCUCAUCUCCUGGCUCCGUAGGCGGGUCAUCACGCUCCUCUUCCCCCGACGGUGUCUCUUCAUCCCGCAAGCUCUCCCUUGAGGACGAAGAUCCUCUCGCAGAAUCGCAUCAAGAUGCCGAGCUAGGGCGCCGUCACAGAGCUCAGAGCUCAUUCUCCAUAUCCUCAGCUUUUGAUUUCGGGCGCAAUCUGUUCCCGCUGUCGCAAACACAGGGUGGCUACGCGCCCCUAGGUACUCCGUCCGCGGACAGACUAGGGUUCACAGACGGAUCGCUGGAGCGGAAUAAAACAUUGACAUAUCUGAAUGGGCUAUCACUCAUCGUUGGGCUGAUUAUUGGAUCUGGUAUCUUCUCGUCACCGAGUCAGGUCAAUGCCAACGCGGGGUCGCCGGGCGCCUCGCUCAUCGUUUGGGCUGUGGCUGGUCUACUGGCCUGGACGGGCGCUGCUAGCUAUGCAGAGCUGGGAGGAGCAAUUCCGCUGAACGGAGGCUCGCAGAUCUAUCUGUCCAAGAUCUUUGGAGAGCUGACGGGUUUCCUUUUCGCAUGGUGCGCCGUGUUAGUAUUGAAACCUGGCUCUGCGGCGAUUAUCUCUCUCAUCUUUGGCGAAUACGUUGUCCGUGCGUUUGUGGGCGCUGAUGUUGGCGACGUAAAUCCUUGGAUCAACAAGGGUGUUGCAUUUGGAGGGCUUGUCGCAGUGACUCUGCUCAAUUGCAUCUCCACCAAGUUCGCUACCCGCAUUGGUGAUUUCUUUAUGUUCUUCAAGUUCGUUGCUCUGCUAGGUGUCACAGUCAUCGGGAUUAUAGUUGCUGUGACUGGCUUCUCGGCUGGAGGCAACGCAAAUGAAGAAUGGAAGACGACAGGAUGGUUCGAGGGAACCACCACCGAGAUAUCUGAUUUUGCAGUGGCCCUGUAUGCAGGUCUUUGGGCAUUUGACGGCUGGGACAAUACCAACUACGUGACGGGCGAAUUCAAGAACCCAAACCGCGAUCUGCCCCGAGUCAUCCACACGGCGAUGCCACUGGUCAUCAUCUCCUAUCUGCUCGCCAAUGUCUCAUAUUUCCUUGUUCUUCCUCACUCCACCAUUGAGGCAAGCAACACCAUCGCCGUCCAAUUCGGCGCAAAAGUAUUCGGCGCCCCCGGAGCCUUGAUUUUAGCUCUCGUCGUCUCAGCCAGCUGCUUCGGAGCUCUAAACGCAACCACCUUCACAAGCGGCCGACUAGUCUACGCAGCCGGCAAGGAAGGGUAUCUCCCCUCAAUAUUCGGCCGGAUCGGUCUCCACGCCUCCUCGCAAGGCCCUCCAGCAAGCAGCCGACUACGCCGCCGCUCCUGGGCCAGCAGGGCCCUCUCCCGUUUCUUCGGCGAUAACUCCAGACUCGGCUUCACGCCAAUAUAUGCCAUGGCUUUUAACAGCGUCCUAACAACUAUCUACAUCGUCGUCGGCGAGUUCGGCACCCUCGUCACUUUCUACGGUGUAGCCGGAUACACCUUCUACUUCCUCACCGUUCUCGGCCUGAUCGUCCUCCGUAUCCGUGAACCCCUGUUGGAACGUCCCUACCGCACCUGGAUCACCACACCCAUUAUAUUUUGCUGCCCCUUGCAAACGCUCAUCGUCGUCGCGUUCAUCAUCACCGGCGUGCCCGUCUACUACUGGCGUAUUUAUAAGCGAGAUGGUCGGAUCGAUCUUCCCAGCUGGAAAUUCUGGAAGCGCCAAUAA